UUAAUUUAAUAUAUCAAUAAGCUGAUUUUGAUUAAAUAGCUUAUUGAUGAGGAUAAAAUUAAAGGAUCGAUUUUUUUUGAUUUCAAAACAAAUUUUCUUCCUUUUCUUUUAUCGGAACAAAUUCUUUCUUUUUUUUAUCCCCCAAGAAACUCUCUCUCAAACUUCUUUUAAAUUCGAAAUAAUUCAAACUGUUAUAUUCGUUUCUAAUGUCUUCCUCCAAAAUCAUUCAGCUCUUCCAUUUCGUUAAUAAUCGAGUACAAUGCAAAAUAUAUAUAUUUAUGUUUACGUUUAUAUUUAUGUUUUUGACGUUCGUCUUUAUACCAGGAGAUAUCCUAUAUGCUUGGGGUCAAAACGAGUAUAACGUUUAUCUUCUUAACAAGACCGUGAAAAAAGGAACUCGGCCUAAAAUUAAUGUUUCGGAUGAUGAGUUUGUUCUCAGAUCUCUAGCUGUAGAUCGUCUUAAAAAAAUUCUUCAACCGAACAGAAAUCAUUCAUGUUAUCAUGUGGUUUGUGGAGAACACGAGACCGGGAAAACCACGUUAAUCAGAAGUGCAUCAAGAGAAGUAGGGCAGGGAAUCAUAUACGUUGAAAUUCCUGCUGAUGCAGAAGAUAUAGAGGACUUUGGCAUGGCAUUUGGAAAAUCUCUUAACUUCGCAUUUGAGGAACGGUUCUCUUUAUGUCACAGCUUAUGAAGAAAAUAUUAGGCGAUACCAAUGGUAAAGAUGAGCGUCCCAAGUGGAAAAGAGCCCUGGAGGCCUUCAAGCGUACUAGUGCAGUGUACAAAGAAAAACAUAAUAAAUCUCCAGUCAUAGAUUAUGAUAAAAUUGCCAAAUUAGUUAAUGUGAACCCAAAAGUUCUUGAUACUUUUCAAGAUGAUGCUAAAAUGAAUGCUGAUCACAGAGAGUAUUUGUCAGUAGCGGAGGGAGCGUACCUAGAAGGAUAGAAUAAUGGUCACGUGUAAAAACCUGUGAUUGAAAUUGGCGACCUUAGCAAAGAAGAAUCAAAUGAAAUAUCUAACUGAGAAACGCAAGAUCAA